AUGUCGGAGAAAAUGAAGCCUGCCGCCCGUGUCGCGGGCCGCCGGCAGGAUGUAUGGACCAUCGUCAACGAAGCCGCCGCCGCCUCGCCCAAGCAGCCCAUCAUCAACAUGGGCCAAGGCUUCUUCGGCUACAACCCGCCCGACUUCAUCCUCGACGCCGCCAAGCAGGCCCUCGACCGCGUCGAUUGCAACCAGUACUCCCCCACCAAGGGCCGCCCGCGCUUGAAGAAGGCCAUCUCCGAUGCCUAUGCGCCCUUUUGGGGGCGCAAGCUCGACCCGGAGACCGAGAUCACCAUCACCACCGGCGCCAAUGAGGGCAUGCUGAGCGCCUUCAUGGCGUUUAUCGAGCCCGGGGACGAGGUCAUUGUCUUUGAGCCCUUCUUCGACCAAUACAUUAGCAACAUCGAGAUGCCCGGCGGCAAGAUUGUCUACGUGCCCAUGCACCCGCCCAAAGAGGGCGGCGUCAAGACCCUCUCGGCCGGCGAGUGGACCAUCGACUUUGCCGAGCUCGAGCGCGCCAUCACCCCGCGCACCAAGAUGCUCGUCCUCAACACUCCGCACAACCCCGUCGGCAAGGUGUACUCCCGCGACGAGCUGCAAAAGAUCGCCGACCUCUGCCUCAAGCACCAGAUCAUUAUCCUGUCUGAUGAGGUCUACGAUCGUCUUUUCUACGUGCCUUUUACUCGUAUUGCUACGCUGUCGCCUGAGGUCGAGCAGAUCACCCUGACUGUCGGGUCCGCUGGCAAGAACUUUUACGCCACCGGGUGGCGUGUUGGCUGGCUCAUGGGCCCACCACAUCUCAUCCAAUACGUCUCGGCCGCCCAUACUCGCAUCUGCUACUCCUCUGUCUCACCCUUGCAAGAAGCCUGCGCCAUCGGCUUCGAACAAGCCGACGCGCAAAACUUCUGGACCGACUCCAUCGCCUCCAUGCGCCACAAAAUGGACCUCUUCAACGCCAUCUGGACCGAGCUCGGCAUCCCCUAUUCCGAGCCCGAGGGCGGCUACUUCGUCAUGGUCAACCUGUCCUGCGUCGAGCUGCCCCAGGACUAUCCCUUCCCGCCGCACGUCGCCGAGCGCCCGCGCGACUUCAAACUGGCCUGGUUCUUGAUCCAGGAGCUGGGCGUCGCGGCGAUCCCGCCGAGCGAGUUUUAUACGGAUGCGAAUGCGAAGAUUGUGGAGGAUUAUUUGAGGUUUGCGGUGUGUAAGCCGGAUGAGGUGUUGGAGGAUGCGAAGGAGCGGUUGAGAGGGUUGAAGAGGUUUUUGAAGAAGUAG